CGGGCGGCUGAGCGCCAAGGAAUCCCUCCGGCGCAUGCGCGGAGGUGCCCUCCGGCGCGUGGCACACGGGCACCACUCUUGGCGCCCCCGCCUUCGCUGCCAUGGCUUUGGGGCUUCGGGCCAAGCGAGCCGCGGCGCUCCUGCACUUCCUGUGCUUGAUCUGGGCCGUUUUCGCCCUGACCCAGAACCUAGGGCUGCCCAAAUCGGUCCGCAAAGAGCAGGACAACACCUACGGGGGCCAGUGGAAGCACCUCACCUUCCUCAACCAGGUUCUGCAAGCAAUACUGUAUGUACUGUGUGUCAUAAUUGAUGGUGUAGCUCUGUGCCUCCCAUCCAAAGACAAGACUGUGUCACGAACGAUGGUGCCUAUCAGAGAUUACAUCUUCUCGGCAUUUGUAUUCCCCGUUGGCUUAUUUGUAGCUGUUGCUUUCUGGAGCCUUUAUGCAUAUGACAGAGAACUGGUGUACCCUAAAGAGCUCGAUAAUAUUAAUCCAACUUGGCUUAAUCACUCUAUGCAUACUACCAUUCUGCCGCUGCUUUUCAUAGAGCUGUUUAUAUGUGCCCAUAAGUAUCCUGGUAGGAUUAAAGGAAUUUUGGGACUUAGCUUCUUUGCACUUACAUACCUCACAUGGAUACUAUGGGUGCACCAUAAAUCUGGGAUUUGGGCAUAUCCAGUUCUAGGAGUGCUCAGUCAAUGUGGAAUGAUAGUAUUUUUCUCUGUCAUGUUCUCUGUUUUGAUAACCUUCUACUUCCUUGGGGAGCAGUUAACAAAAUGGCUAUGGGCAAGACGUAGGAAGAAGUGUACAUAGAGAGGAACCUGGAAACGGUAUAAGGUCAUUAAAAGUUGAAACUGAUUUAUGGAAGAGAGUGCAACUUUAAUCAAGAUAAAUGUGUUAAUCGUAACUGGUUCAUAAGUGUUCAGAAAAUAGCAUUUUCUCCCUUUUAUAAUUUAUAGUAAAAGCCACAAAAACAUAAAGAAGAAAUCAGAAAAAAAUCAGAAAAAUCAUGCUUAUAUCAAAAUUUCUGCUUUUAUAUAUAGAAAUUAGGUAUAUAUAUAUAAAUAGAUUGUGUACACAUAGUGUUAAUCCCUCACAUGAUAAUACAAUGUCCAAUCUGUUGGAAUAGAAUUCUUCCAAUAGUAUCAUGAGAGUAUGAGCAUUUCACAUGUAUUUAUGCACUUUUUUAAAGAAGAAAACUAUUUUUAAAAACAAUAUAAUGCAUCUAGGAACAAUGCACAGUAUCUUUCCGCUUAGUAGCCAUGUGACAGUAGGAGAAACUGUUUUAUGCUCCAGAGUCUAAAUAGGCUUUCUAAAACUGUACACAAGCCAAGAACUUUGAACUAUGCAGCUGCAACUGGCUAAAACCUCUUCUGCUUGAUAUUUCUGUCUCUACAUCAGGUUUCAGUAAUAACAGUGCAUAUAUUGGUUUCUCAUUGACUUGUUAUACAAUUGUCAAAUUUUGCCUGGAAGUUCAUCAAAGAUCAUUUCCAGAAAACAUGAAUAACUUGGUUAAAACAAGUAUGUCUCUACCAGUUGGUGAGUAGGAUUAAGGGAGUGGAUGGAAACAUUGAAGUAUGCUGCAUUUUUUCUUGUGUUUUGUGAAACCAUGGACUAGACCAGUAUACCAAUACGUCUUUAAAUGAACACAGGCUGCACUCCUAAAUGUUCCCACACGUGGAUCAAAGCAUUUCCUUUUAUUUCAAUAAUUACAGUACCUACUAGUUUUUAUGAGGUUGGUGACUUGUUACAAUAUUCUACUGCAUAAACCAUCGUAUUUCUGAUUAAGGAUAUACAUCCUUUCCCUCACAACUCCAGAACAGAAUUUCAGCAAAUACUGGAUUCUUUUCAGCUGACAUCUCUGGAAAUAAGCUGCUAAUGAACUAGUUCUUUGGAUUCCAACAUAUAGAGUGUCCCUCUGCUUUUUAAUUUCACAGUAGUAAGGAGGGAUCAUGCUAUAUUUUAUCUUACUACAAAGCCACAUCUUUGCCUCUAAAUAUAUUUUGUUACAUGGUUU